AUGACAAUCAUUAAACCCGCGAAGGCCACGAAUAAGAUCAUGAUCUACAAAGAUCGUACGAUGAUUCAUCAAGCAUUCAGCCUUGGUGAUAGUCGUUUUAUUGCUAUACAAUCCAAACAGGCUUUGCCCUUCAAUGGAUCAGAUACUCCUAAGUUUGUCACUGUUUUCCUAAUUGAUGAAGGUCGCGAUUCUGUUGAAGAAGACUGGUUACGAGAAAAAAUUUCCAAGUUCAAGCGAGAAGAUGAUGUCUUCCGCCCUGAGUUUCUUAGUGGCGUGAUAUUUACAGCAUCCAAUCCAUUUUCUCUAUCCACUACGGUAGGAGAGGUCCUGCGAUCAGAAUUCGGCACAACAUUGAUCGAGACGGUUGUAUCGCCAGAAUCAGCUGCGAGGCCAGAGCAGGGUCCUUACUAUCUCCAUUGUGACCAAGCAUUUAGUAUCUGGAAACUCUGUGAUGAUACCCAAGGCGCCUUCCUAAGUAGUCUUGUGCCCGAAGCCGAUAGCAGUAAAUUAUCAAGGAUGGAAAUUGCCGGGGAAGAUCUCGAAACUACAAGCAUUGCCGUGCCGUCCCGUCUCAAGAGUCUACGUCCAGGAAAGGAAAAUCCUCUUUUCGGGUGGAGAAUAGCCGUGAAAGACAUCUUUCAAGUAAAAGGCAUCAAAACUUCCGUCUGCAACCGCGCGUAUCACGACUUGUAUCCACCAGCACCCAAGACAGCAGCCUGUGUUGAAAUACUCCAGCAGAAAGGUGCUCAUAUUCUCGGAACUACAAAAUUAGCCGCAUUUGCCGCCACAGAGGAGCCUAUUGAAUGUGUCGAUUAUCAAGCGCCAUGGAAUCCAAGAGCCGAUGGUUACCAGUCUCCGGCUGGAAGCAGUAGUGGCAGCGGUGUGGCCGUUGCUUCAUAUGACUGGGUUGAUGUGGCUAUUGGAUCUGACAUGGAAGCGGUCGACGACCAGGCCACUGGAACGGAUGUUACGCACACCGUCCAACUCAUGGAGUUCUUCCAACUGAUGGGUACAUUCCAAGCUUCGAAUCAUUUGAUGUUCCAACUUUCUUCGGAAGAACUGCCCCCAAAAAUCAUCUAUCCUACAAAUUAUAUCUCCCUCAUCACAAACGAACACCAAAAGAAGCUGAUAGACAACUUCGUCAUUGAUCUCGAAAAUUCUCUUGGAGUGAAACAUAUCAAAAUGUCUUUUGACGAAUUCUGGGACGCUGAUCCACCCGAAGAUGCCAAGGGAGACAGCCUGUUGGAGUAUAUGAAAGAUGCAGGUCGAGACUCCUUCUUCUAUAGUGACUACCACCAUUUCGAUCAAUUCCGGAAAGAUUAUCAAGACAAAUUCGGAAAGCAGCCAUAUAUUAGCCCACCUGUAAGAUGGCAAUGGGAACUUUCAUCGCACAUCACAAAAGAAGCACACGAAACUGCCAUGCAUCGCUUGGAAGUUUACCGAAAGUGGUUUACGGAUAAAAUUCUUUGCCCAGAAACACAGAACACGAUCAUCCUCAUUCCGAUUGAGAAUCUUUCUCCUCGAUAUCGUGACGAGCCUUUGGGCCGAUAUUUUAAUCCAGUUGGCAUUCCGAUGCUUUUCUUGUCUCCGAUACUGCAAGCACCCGAGUUCACUGUACCGAUCGGGGAGGUCCCCUUUGAAUCAAAAGUCACCGGCAAUAUCGAACAGCUACCAGUUGCAAUUUCACUCCUCGGUGCUCCCAACCGUGAUCUUCAGCUCAUGAAUAUAGCUCGUGAUUGUCUCGUCAAAGCUGGCAGACCUACGAAUGUACUUGCUGGAAACAAACUGUUUCCUGAGACUACAACUUCAUAA